CCCGGAGCGGGACGCGCCGUCCCCCGCAGCCCAGCCCGCGCCUCCUUCCCCGGGCGCGGGGCCCCUUUGCCCGAGUCGUGCCCGCGGGAGGGGGUGACAGCAGCAUCAGGUGCAGCCGGGGCCAGCGGCCAGGGCAAGCCCGGCCCCCGGCUGCCGCCUGCGCGCUGAGCGGCUGUGCCGGGCCCGCCCUCGGUGACUGGGAGGAGCCGGGAGAGCAGCGGGCUUCGCCGGGGAUUUCCAGCCCGAGCGGGCGGGAGAGGAAGUGCGGGGCGGGGGGAGACGGCGCACAGCGGUCGGGACUUUCCGCCGGGCUGGCGGUCGCCUUCGCCCGGCUCCAGCUGUCGCCCGCCGCCCCGCUCCCCGCACACGCUCGCAGGCAGGGGCCGAGCGCGCUGCACCCGCAGCCCGUGCCGGGACCUCGGCGGCGGCCGGUGCCCGGGGAUAGAUCAGCCUGAGGCGGAGCGGCGCGGACUCUCCUGCCCGGACGCACUCGCACUCCAGGGCUUUGCAGAUUAACCUAUGACUGACUCAUUAUCUGAGAACUGCAGUGGCUUGUAGAAUAAGAAGGAAAGCCUAAGUACUUAGGCUUUAACUGAAUCAAGACCAGCUCUCAGCAGUGGGAAACAAUAGAUUAAUCUAUCGGAAGCACAGACUGCAGGCUUGUGUGACACUGGGGUUUGUGUUGUGAAUUUUUUUCAUGUAAACAGGUAGGUAGGAAUGAUUCUUCUGCUGUGUAUGUUUUCAUUAUGUAUGUUGAGAAACCUCAUGACAGUUGUGUGAGUUGGGGGUUUUUUUGGUGGGAUUUUUGGUUGUUUUUUGGUUUUUUUUUUUAGUAUUAGUAUCACUGCAUGACACCGUAAAGUACCUCAUUCUCCUUUGCGUUUUCACAUCUUUAAGUUGAUGACAUGAAUUUAACAAAUCAUCUUCAGUGCCUGGGUUUGGUUUAGUUAUGAAUGACGGGGAUACCUCAAAAGUCAGAACAAGUUUCAUUCUCAUUUCUAUAAAUAAACCCUCUUGUAGCAUUGUUCUGUCUCGUUGUGUGCCUUGCACACAAUUAGAAUGGACUAUUUGGCAAGUUCUUCAUUCUGCCUGAUGGAAGUUGCAUGAUAGUAUAUGGAGGCUGGGUUUUUUUUGUUUCAUCAGUUGUACUUGCAAGGAAGGUAAGCAAAUUAUUAUCUCUAUUUCGCAAAAAAAAUCUUCCCCUCAGAGGUUGGAUUUCAAAUAGAUUAAAAAUAUGAUCAGAACUCAUAGGUGGUAACUAGCUUCCUCAGUCAGCCACAGCCUAAUUUGGAAAACUGCAUUUAACCUUACUUGCAAGAGGAGAAAAUGUCCUGAAUCCUUUAGAACAGUACCUUAUUGGGGUUGUGCUUUCCUUCCUUGUUCCGCUCUACUUUUUCUGGAGGUUAAAAAGAAAUUAUGCUUCUAAAAAAAAAAGUUAGUCCUGUUUGCCUUCAGUUUAAGCUUUAAAUUAGGAAUGGAUAAAAGAAGUGAAACGUGCUCCUUUCAGCCUCUUGACAUGAACAUUGGAAAUUCAUCAGUCCUUCAGGUGAGUGCUGGGGGUUGUGUCUUUGCAGAGGAGCAGCAGGUGAUGCUCUGAGACUACUCUGUGGCUUUUUUUCCUUGGAACAGGUACAGCUUUAUAAAGCUGGAAGGUAGGGAGGCUCUUUCAAAAUUCUCUGUGGAAAGGGAUAAAAAUUAAGCUUUUUGCUACACUAGUAUGUUAAGCACUGUGACUAAGAACUUCUUGUUGAUAAUAAAUUAUGUGAGUUAAUGAUGGUGUUUAUAUAUAGAAGUUCAUGCUCUUGUCACAAUAAGUUUUUUUUGUAGGUUCACAUAAUAGUAUAGCAAGUCCUUUUUAGGUUGUGAUCUAGUAAUAGCAUCUGAAGGAUGCAGGAAAAGGAAGUAGUCUGCUGGAAUAGUUGAACACUCUUUUGGCCUUUUCUUGUUCUCUUUUAACUCUCCCACACGGGACCAUGAACAACUUAUGAAGCAGAUUUGCUAUCUUUCUGUAAGAUUUUUUUUCUCUUGGCCACGUCUUCUAAAUUGGUGCUAGGUGUUUGGUGGUGUUUUCCUAAGAAAUCUUGUAUGCCUCUGUGCUGGUAUGUGAAUGCCUGCCAGAAAGCAACUAGGCUACACAUGGCUGUCUUGAAGUAAUUAUCACUGUCCUGAAGCAAAAUAGGUUAAGAAGUGUUAAGGUGCUAGUCUUAGACUAACUGCAGAAGCAAGAAAAAAAUAAUUAAAGAUCUUAUUUUCCUAUUUAUGUUUCGUUUUUAGGGGAAAGGGAUAUUUUUAGUCCUUCUUCCCAACUUUAUCAAGAUAUAAAUGUUUUUUUUUGUUCCUUAUUUCUAGUUAUUUUUUCACUUUUGACAGUUCCCAGCUUAAGACUGGAGUCCUAUUAUACAAGGUAAUACAUAAGAAGAGAUGGGAACUUGGUAGGUGCCCAGGUAAGAUCAGAGAAAGGGGAUCUGUUCCUCAACUAAGGAGAAUAGAAAUAUGCAGAAGUGCAUGAAGUCACACAGCAAGUCUCUAACUUUUCUGAUUUUGUUCUUCUGUUUCAAAGCCAACAGGCCUCUCUUUCCCCUUUUCAAAUUUGUGAUCAUGUUUUUAAAAUGUUGUAUGUAAUAUGGUCUGCAAACCAAGGAAGGGAUUUGAAGCUGAAGAUGACCUUUAGUGGUAAAUUAUUUUCAAUAGAUAAAAAUUUAAAAUAAGACCAACUAAAACUUUGUUUGGGAGCUUAAACUGGGUAUAUAUUAUACACUACAGGAAUGCCAAUGUUAACUAAGCCAUGUUAGAAGAAAAACUGUAAAAUCACUGUUUCAGUGCAUGGAACUCAGGAGCCCCUGCAAAGAGUGAGCAAAGGACUUGUGCACAGCUUUGAGAAAUUAAUCUCCCAUCUGUUGGUGGGGGAGUGGGUAGCAGUUGUUUUUAUUGCAUCUGAGUCUAUACCUAUAUUGCCCAUUUUUUUGGCCUUUUAAGGGAAAGGAAAACCUUCAAACAUGCCCCUAAAACCAGCCAGCCUUAGCACUGCUUUGAGCUAAACUCCCCAAAGGAUGCAUCUCCCUCCAAACUCUCCCAUUUGCUUUCUGCUCAUGCCCAUACACGCUCUGAUUGCUGGCCACUGCCCCUCUGCUGGGGGCUGCGCAGGAGGUGGGGAGGUGCCGGAGGGCUGAGGAGGUUUCUGAGCUUUCCAUGUCAUUGCCAGCAGGUGCUCAGCCCUGCCUAAUGUUCCAGUGAGGCUGAACCACAGGAGACUGGGCAGGAUGCUCCCCCAAGGAGGACCUGGAUCUCCAGGAAUAAUAGGUUGCUGAUGGUAGGCAGCUGCGAUGAGCUAAAAGAUCUGGCCUGGAGCCUGGCUCUGCAGGAUGCAGAAGGAAGGAGGGGUGGAAAGCAGUGAUGAGCUUAUUGUUUCUAAUGAGCCAACAACUGGCUGAGUGACACCGAGGGCUCUUUGUUGCUCCCUUUGCUCUUAAACACAGCUGUGGAGAGUGGAGGGGGAUGGAGGUGAAGUGAGAGAUUAGACUUCCAGUGUCCAGAGAGGCAGUGGGCAUAAAUUAAGAAUAAAAAAGGAUUAAAUUCUAUCUGAAUACAAGAAAAGCUUUUGGCCGGGGGUGUGCUCAAAUACUGCAACAGGCUGCCCAGUGUGGUGGUAGAGUCACUCUCUGCAAAUCCUCAAAACCCAGUGGGUGGCUGUGGUGGGCAGCUCUGCCGGACCCUGCCUGGGCAGAGUGGGCUGGCCUGGAUGGUCUCCAGAUGUCCCUUCCAACCCCACUGCUUCUGUGAAAGCUUCUUCAAUAUUUGGAUGCAUUCUUUUGCUGCUGUUGUGGAACACUUGGGGAAUAAUUACAAAUGCCCCUGCUGGGCACUUGUCUCACAAAUACUAGUGUUGUGUAAUCACGGCGGUUUUAAUUGAAUAGGGAAAGCAUCCAAGUGCUAAGUAGUUAAUUGACUAAACUCCCCAAUUUAACAACGAAAGCAAAAAAAAUCCACCAGUAUCUCCCCCUUCCCUGAGCUGAGAAAACACUAAAACAUCCUAAACCUUACAAGACAUUUUGGUUUUAAUCCCUUAAAAUAUUGCGGUUAUGAGACUUAAAGGUAGCUUUAUUAUAAUAAAAUUGUUUAUUAUUUUCCCCUCAUUCCCUCUAGUUUUGCCACAAAGUACUAUCUUCAAAUUAUCCUGUGAAAAAUGAAAUAAAAAGUAGGCAGGAACAUGAGGAGGAACAGCAGAGAAAAUACUAAGUGAUCCCACCAAACUCUGCAGUUUGUGCCUUCCAGCCCACGACUAGGAAGUCAUGAGAUGAUUUGAAAGAACUUUCCUGUAGCCGUGGUUCUUUGCUGGGCUCUUUCAGCCCUCCCCUGAUUGCAUUUUGCACAGCCCUCAGAAAGACUGCAGUGCAGUAGUUGGCAAGGGAAUUACCAGGAGGGAAAAUCAAGCUGUGGUGGCUCCUCUUGCAGCGUGGUGUUGCUGAGAUCUGCGUUUUGGAGGAGGUAAUAAACAGCUGCUUUGGGUUUCCAAUUCAGAACUCUGGAAGCUUGCAAAAAAAAAAGGAUGUGGAUAAGUCUCCAUUAAAUAUCCCUAGAGUGUGCAUGGCAUGCUGGACAGCCACUUAGCUUAUUGGUGCAGUGGUUUGGGUUUUCUUCUUGAUUCAAAACACCUGCAGUUUCUGCCUAAUACUUUGUUUUUAAUCCUUUGUGCUCAGACAGUGGAGAAUAAGGUAAGGUACUUUUUGUUGGCUAACAUAUAAAGGAUAAUGGAAGUAAUUUCUCUGUGUCGUAGCAUGCAACAAUAAGUGCUUGUUGGAAAGUAAAAGUUUUGAUUGCCUUUUUUAUUGCUUGUAAUUCAUUGAAAUUCUUUGUAAUAACUUCCCUGAAUUAUCUAGUGUAUUCAAGUUGAGAAACAGUUACGUGUACUUCAUUAGUAUUAAAAGAUUCUUUUUUACUCAGUUUUCACUUUGGUUUUCCAAUAUAAUAUGGAAUUAUUUUCAAGAUCAAUUAUUUUCAAUUGUUCUGAGAAUGUUCCUUUUUUAUGUUAAUCUUAGGAGCUAAAUCCCCAAUCCUUUCUAUGUCUUACCAAUAUCUUUGGAUUUUUUUUUUUCAUGCCAGAUUUUUAAGGGCGUAGCACUGUCAUAAUGCUGCUGUUCAGCUGUGGAGUGCGCUUUUUUAGUAAGAAUGAAACUUCGGAAGCACCUUAAUUCUCUGUGGUUUGGAAGGGUUUGGUUGGUGUCUUGGGAGGGAAAGGAGAGGCUGAAAGUGCAAAACUCCCUGCACUAAAUUUGGAUUUAUACCUAAGAAUGCAAAGGAGCAGUGGCCCAGGGUCAUUGCUGUGAUUGGUGUCUGAAGUCAAUAUCAGAGCUAAGAGUUUAAGAACUUCAGUUUUUGCUGAGUUAAUAUGUAAGUGUUUAGUACAGAAAUUUGUACUACUUUCAUGACACCUGUGGGUAUAAUGGGCUGACUUGUAAUUUAUAUACUGUUUUGGUGGGGAAAGCGUACGGUUGCAGAUCUCCUUUUUGUUUGAGUAAGCAUUUAUUCUUGGAGUUUUCUGUAAAUCUCAGUGCUGGGCUGUUUUUCCAGGUACUGUGUUUCUAGAAUGAGCCAGAUUGAGCUUUCAUUGGCCCGUGUGUGUUUUGGCAGAAUCUGUAACCACUCAUUAGCACGUUACUUACCAUGAUUAUGGUCCAAAGUAGCAUUGCUGCUACUUUGUUAGCAGCAGUAGCCUUUCCUUUCCACUUCCUGAGGACCAAAGGUGACUUGUAGCACGUGACUAAGAUAAAAAAAAAAUCAGCCACAAAACCCCCUGUUUUAUAGCUGUGGAAGUUUGUGGCAUUCCUCCUUUGUGGCUAGGCACUAUCUUGGUCUUGCGUUACAAAGUCCUGCGCUCCAGCUGCGGCAGGGGAGCGAGAGCCCGGCGCGCGUAGGGUCAGGUAAGCAUUUCUGUGACGCUGUGACCUUCCGUAGCCAGCUGUGUGACUGCUGAGGCCAAUCUGUGUGACUGCUGAGGCCCGUCCUGUCCCCAGUGUUGUGUGCAGGAUGCCAGCGGGGAGCGCGCUGCCCGGCCGGGCCCUCGCUGCCGGCCUGCCCGGGGCCUUCCGGGAACGUCGCUGCCCUGGCACCGCGGAGUAGCCGCCCGGCUUGGCCACCGUGCACUCCGGGACUCUGGGCUAGGGCAAAGAAAGAAACCAGGCAGACUGUAGCAAAGCUCCCUUUAUUGGCAGGAGUAAAGAGAACCCUAUCAGAGCAUUGAGAAAGCCUAUUCUUCUUUCUUCUCAAGCUGCGGAUCAAAUGAGAUUCAAAUAAAACGAAGGAAAUAAACUAUCUUAGAGCAUGGACCCCAGUAAGAAGUCAGAACCCCCUUUAUCUGUAGAAAUGGUUCAGCAGAGGGCCAAUCCUGACCGCAGUCCAUCAGCAUCCAUCUAUGUUCCAGAGCAAGGUGGCUACAAAGAGAAAUUUGUGAAUGCCGUGGAAGAUAAGUACAAAUGUGAAAAAUGUCACCUCAUCUUAUGCAAUCCUAAACAGACUGAAUGUGGACACAGGUUCUGUGAAACCUGCAUGAAUGCCUUGCUGAGAUCUUCUAGUCCAAAAUGUACAGCGUGUCAAGAAAGCAUAGUAAAAGAUAAGGUAUUUAAAGAUAAUUGUUGCAGGAGAGAACUACUUGCCCUUCAGAUAUACUGCAGAAAUGAAAACAAGGGCUGUAAGGAACAGCUAUCUUUGGGUCAAUUACUGAUGCAUUUGAGGACUGAUUGUCAGUUUGAAGAACUCCCAUGUCCUCGUGCUGAUUGCAAAGAAAAAAUACUGAGAAAAGAUUUGCCAGACCAUGUGGAGAAGACCUGUAAAUACCGGGAGACAACCUGUAAAUACUGUAAAAGCCAAGUCCCAAUGAUUAUGUUGCAGAAACAUGAAGAUACAGACUGCCCAUGUGUCAUGGUUUCAUGUCCUCAUAAAUGUAGUGUUAAAACACUCAUGAGGAGCGAGUUGAAUGCACAUUUGUCAGAAUGUAUUAAUGCCCCAAGUACCUGUAGUUUUAAGCGUUAUGGCUGCACUUUUCAGGGAACAAACCAACAAAUUAAAGCACAUGAAGCCAGCUCAGCAGUGCAGCAUGUUAACUUAUUGAAAGAGUGGAGCAAUGCUCUAGAAAAUAAGGUGGCCUUGCUCCAGAAUGAAAGUUUGGAAAAGAACAAGAGUAUACAAACUUUACAUAAUCAGAUUUGUAGCUUUGAAAUAGAAAUUGAAAGACAGAAGGAAAUGCUGCGGAAUAAUGAAUCUAAAAUACUUCAUUUACAGCGAGUGAUAGACAGUCAAGCAGAGAAACUCAAAGAACUGGACAAAGAAAUCCGUCCCUUCCGACAGAACUGGGAGGAGGCUGACAGCAUGAAGAGCAGUGUGGAAUCCCUCCAGAACAGAGUGACUGAGCUGGAAAGUGUUGAUAAAACUGCAGGGCAAGGAGCUCGGAAUACAAGCCUGCUGGAGACCCAGCUGAGCAGGCACGAUCAGAUGCUGAGCGUUCACGACAUCCGGCUGGCUGACAUGGACCUCCGCUUCCAGGUCCUGGAAACUGCGAGCUACAACGGCGUGUUGAUUUGGAAAAUCCGAGACUAUAAACGUCGGAAGCAAGAAGCAGUCAUGGGGAAGACUCUGUCCCUGUACAGCCAACCCUUUUAUACUGGAUACUUUGGCUACAAGAUGUGUGCCAGAGUUUACCUGAACGGGGAUGGCAUGGGAAAGGGGACGCACUUGUCUCUGUUUUUCGUCAUCAUGCGUGGAGAAUACGAUGCUUUGCUUCCUUGGCCCUUCAAACAGAAAGUGACUCUCAUGCUCAUGGAUCAGGGACCGUCUCGACGCCACUUGGGAGAUGCUUUCAAGCCAGAUCCGAACAGCAGCAGUUUCAAGAAGCCAACUGGAGAAAUGAACAUUGCAUCUGGCUGCCCAGUCUUUGUGGCUCAAACUGUUCUAGAGAAUGGAACGUAUAUUAAAGAUGAUACUAUUUUUAUUAAAGUCAUAGUGGAUACAUCGGAUCUACCAGACCCCUGACAUACACUGGGGGAGGCGGAUUAAACAGAAGGCAACUCCGUUUGGGGGUUUUAUAUCAGUUUGUCUUCAAUCAGAGGUCCUAAAGCUCACAGAACCACCUUGUGGAACAGAUGGAAGAGUUUGAAGGCAUAACUGCAUAGGGUCCAAUUGCGAAAGUAGCAACACAUUAAGAAAUCAUACCAUGGUAUAUUUUUUAAUAGAACUAGCAACACUUGAGCUCUGACGAAUCGCUUAUCCCUCGUCAGGAUAGUGAUUAUGGUCAGAGGGGAUUUUUUUUAACUUAUUAAUGAUCUAGUCAAUUGGAGGUGAAAAGACAUAUACAGUCUGUGCUGAAUCAAUUAUUGACUUUUAUUUCUUUUAAGCUAGAAUACAAGAAAAACCCUUCACAUGUGGGCUAGCUGGAAGUUGUCAGCAUGUUAAAAGAAGAUGAAGUAAUGUUGCAAUUAUGAUAUUCUUUGAAAAACUGAGGUGCAAUCUUGUCUGAAAUAUAGUAUAUUGUCUUUUUAAGGCCUCAUCUGGUCUCUGUUUUAAUAAUUACUUUGUCAGAAGAUCUUGGAAAAGUAUCCAUGUCUUCUCAAAAGUAUCUGAAUCAAAAUCAUAUUUUUAUUUAAAGUUCUAUUGUUACAGAAAACAUUUUAUUUUAAAACUGUUGAUAGACUGAUAUUUCUUGGAAGAAAAAAUAGAAGAUAUCAAACACUGGUUAUCACUUGUGAUAGGAAAAAAAAAACUAUUCAAUUCUGUUAUUUCUCUUUAGAAAUGUAAACCUACAAUAUAUGUCGUAGUUAAUGACACUAUUUCAAAAUUAAGGAAAAAUCACUCAUGGAUGCUGUGCAUCAUUAUCAGAUUUAUAAUUGUUUUCACCCUAAAAUAGGGCAUUUGUUGAACUUUGGAGUUCUAAACGGAAUCCUGUACAUUUUUUAAAGUUCUGCCCCAUGCUUUCCAAUCAAGCUAUAUAUGUUGCACAUUAUGCUGUCAGCAGUAUAUAGUAUUUUCAGUAUUGGGGAGGAGGAUUAGUGCUGAAAAAAGCCUCUAUGUUUGUUCUGUACUAGCAGCCAUUGCUUCAAGACAAACCAGCAAUGUCUUAAUACAGUGAUGGUGGCUUGCAUGCAUACAUGUGCCUUAGAUGUGCUGUGCUGCUUAUAAACCAUAGCUUUUUAUUCAGAUUAAUUCUGAUAUCUGAAAUGGUAGUUUAAUUGGACUUCAGGCAUAAUGUUUAGCCUUGUCUUCAGAGCCCUUAGGUACCUUGCAAUGUACGAAACAGAAGCCAAAGCCCACUCCUUUGGCUUCUGCAGCUUCUAUGCCUUGGCCAUGGUGGAAUCCAUCUUAUUGAGGUGCCAAAACGUUAUGCUCAGUGCUCCUAUGGAGCUUGGACUAGACAGUCUCCAUGGCCAUGUGAGGACAGGCGACAUUUUUCCUCUGAUGCCUGUGGCUGUAAGGUGGCAUCACUUGAAACUAAUCCAUCUGAGAACACUGGGGCUGUGAAUAUGGAUGCUCGUGGCAGCUUCUCAUAGCAAACAAGCAUCCUAAUGGGAAAUGCAUGGGCUUCUUUCUUGUAACAGCCUCGACUGUAGUGAAAAGCAUUUGCUAGCCCUGAAACAUGCUGACUGCAACCUGCUGUGUUCAUCUGCUUCUAUUUAGUAGCCUGUGACAAGCAAGUCCAGAGACACAGCCUGACUGUGGUGCUCUUUAAAAUCCUGCUUAAGCAGAGUGGGCUUGCACCACUGUGUUUUCAGCCUUCGUGGGCUUGAAAAAAACCUAUUGCAUCUCAGCCUUUGAUGUCAGGCUGUAUCAGUUUUCUGCUUUUUUGAGGCAUAGUCACAAUUUUUGUCUAAGGUGCAGUUGAAUUCAUGCCUUUGUAUUUCAGCUUGUCUUUGCCGUUGUCUUUUUUGGCUGUGCCUUCACACACAGUGCCUGCAAGAAGUAUUUAUGGAUAUACAAUGCAUGCUAAGUGGUCUUCAUGGGUUUUCCAGGCACCUGCUAGAAUACUGCCUGCUGCUGACUGUCCUGACUGUCAGCAGCAACUUGUCUUCCUUUUCUUGCCUUCCAUUGUCCGGGUACUGUACUCCCUCUAUGGUACGUGGCUGUCAACAGGUGCAAGCUCAGUUAUGGAGGCACGUGCUAGCAUUGAAUUUCUAGCACGGAAGGAGGAUGUUCUGCACAAGAGAUAAAUAUCUAUAGAUAUACCUGCAUCUAUAUCUCUAGAUAUCAUUGUAUGGCACUUGCAGUUUUAUGCAGGCUGCAUAAGUAAACCCAUCACUUACGCUUUAGGGCGAAGGUUCGCUCAACUUCUGUCAUUUUAAUAAUUGUGAAUGUAGGCAGCUGAGCUUUUGUGUUUGUGCAUCACAGAAUUUUACUGAAAACAGGAUUCCCAAGUGGAAAUGUCCAAAGGACUCUCCUCCCAUUGCUAAUGCAUGUCUUGUAAAAUUAAAUGAAACCGUUUGGCCAUCACAAAACAGUUUAUAUCCUGUUUCAAUCUGGGACUUGGAGGAGAUUUUGAGUAUAAGCAGGGCCCAGCAUAUUCUGCAGAUUUGUGACUACAGUUUCCAACUACUGUGACAGAAUUGCGCUUCUAAAUCCAAGCUCUUUAAAAGAGGAGGAAAAAAAGCAUUUCCAGCCUUGGUGAUUGAAAGAGGACUUUGAAACAUGUGAAUGUGUAAACCAAUAGGGAAGUCUUCCUGAGUCUGCACACAGCCUAAACUAGUAGCUUUAAGAGAUCUGAAUAUCUCGUCUUGGUGGGAUAUUGACUCAGAAACUUCACAGAGAAGUUUAAAUAUGAACACUGCUAACUAUCUAAAUGCCGAUCACUGUAGCAGAAACAUCAGUCACUGUUGUAUUUCACAGAUCUCUAUGCUGCUUUCCACAUCUCCCAAGUGCCAAAAGCACCAGCUGCCAGAAUCUUCAGCUUCACUUGGGCAGCUUUUAUAAUGCAGUAAUGUGCUAUCGAUACAAAAAUAUUUUUGCAUAUGUGCUUUUUAUCACAGUUAAUAAAACGGAGGCCUACUGCACUUAUUUUUUAAAACUACAUGAAGCUGCCAGAGAAUUUCCAGUUUGCCAACCCUGCGUACUGUGAAAUCCAGGAUCUUGCUACACAAAUGUAGACACCGCCUGCUGUGGAAUACCUGAAGCCUUGACUGUAACACCCCUUUCUCCACAGAACUCACAGGCCAUCUCUGUAGAGUUCUUACUGUGUACAUAGAAAUCGGUUUCCUUUGCUUUCCAGCAAGGAGUAUGUAGCAUUUUGUGAAAACAAGGCCACUGUAUAUUCUCUAAGUUGAAAGGAAAAGAUACCUGGUGCUUUACUCAACACUUUUAAGUUAUUUAACUGUUUCUCUCAUCGCUGAAAUGCCCUUUAUCCUUUUUCUCUUUGUUCCUGACUGAGAUAUCCGAAGUUUGCUAGGGACUGUCUGUUUAAAGUGAUUAGUGGGACAUCACCCUGCCCCCAUGUGUACUCUUGAAUCCUGGCAAACUCCUGGGGGCUGCCGCUGUUGCAAGGGGGUCCCAGAGUAUUUGCAUUACUUUGAACAGAGUUCAUUUAGUGGAACCAUAUUGUCCUCUAGUUAGUAGUAAUUCUUAGCAGCACACAGCUGAAGUCUCUUGCUGGUGUUCUUUCUUCACGGUGACUCUCCAAGUUAUGUACAAACCUCUUCCGUUUCCAGCUUCCUCUAGGGAGAUUCCAGUGUGUGACAAUCUGGAUGUUGCCCUUUGUGUACACUCUUCAGCACAGAGUGAGUGCACCUGUUACCUAGAAAGUCUUGAAUCCUAAGCAGGAUGAAACUAUUUGGGUGUUUAAAGACCAACCUGCAAUUAUGAUGCAUGACCAUGUCUGCUUCUCUGAGCUAAUUAAUUGGGGUCUUGUUUCAGUUACUGUCUACACGGUACACCUUCAACUGCUGACUUACAAUAUGCAAUGUUGAUUUCAGCCUUGUACUGUAAACGUUGUUCUUCACAAAGAGAAUGUGCAAUAGGAAAAGGGAAUGGUGGGUGGCAUACUUUUGAUGGAAAAAACACGCUAGAUUUUUAAAAACAUGAAAAAAAAAAACUGAAAAGCAGUUUAUUUCCUUUCCUUGUGGUGUUUUCUACUUGGAAAAGGAAAGAUGAAGAUAUGUGCCUGUUUCUGUGCCUGGUGAAUUUCUCAAAUGCAAAAGUAAAGAGAUUUGUGUUAGCUGGGAUUUAAGUGUUGAACCCAUGAAUGUUAGGCUGUGGUUGUAUCGCUUCUGUUUCCUCAGCUUGCCACAAUUAUGGCUUGCUGAGCUGGAGUUUAAAAGCUACCACCUAUUUGUAUUUGUAUUCCAUCACCUGGGAUAGGCAUUUCACCAACAGUGCAGGGUAUCUGUUGAUAUUUUGUUCAGUUUUUAAAACACUGGUGCUUUUUGGUCCAAGACAGAAGUGUGUAGGGAGUGACAAGGAAAGUUGCCUGCACUGCAGAGGAGUGAAAAACAUGACUGCAGUAUUGAUGCCUUUGAUAUGAUUUAACUAUGCAAAUAUACAGAUAGGUGAGGGGGGAAAUUCUUGGGUUGCAUACCUAAUCUCCUAGAUUUUGCUCUGUAAAUUACUUGUAUGUGUGUAGGUACGUACAUAUACACACAGACAUGCAUGCACAUAAAUAUGCAAAGUCUUUUCUUUAUGUAGAAGUGGUGAAACAAAACCCUUUCCUCCAAGUUAUACUUGAUCAGUUGGUGCAAAUAUAACUUGUUGCUGCUAAAGGAGGAUCUUGGUUAAGGGCAAACUUUGAUUCAUGUCUUUCAGGUUUGAAGACCUGUAUGUAGCAAACACUUUGUUUAGAUUUUCUGAAGACUCUGAAUUGUAAUUUAGGACACAUGUUCUUCCUCAUGCUCUGAUAAUUUGGAGAUUCCUGUAUUUUAAACAACUAUAGUGGUGGGCAACAUUUUGAUUGAAAAUUAUUUCCUCUAAUUUGGAACAAAAAAUGAUAAAAAGCAUCUGGACCUCGUCCCUGGAAUUCUUGUCCUGUUCAGUCAAUACCUUGAUAUUCUAGUUGGCCUAGAAGUCAAAGCUACUGCAAUAAAAAUGAUUGGUUUGGCAGUUUAAUCUGAGUUUUUAAUACUAUGUACAGUGUAUAGCAAGUGCUGUUUCUCUUUUUUGGAACAAGGAAAUCAAGGAUGAGAUGUGAUUUUCCCGGAGUCACAAAAGGAAUCUCCUGGAGCCGGGACUGCAUGAGAGGUUCCAGUUUCCUAGUGUUAUCUCUGAAUCACGAGGUUUUACUCUUUGAAUACAUUUGUCCCUUAAAGGAACUGGAAAAUAAGUUGACAUACCCUGAAGACCCACAUCAGGACAGUAAGGGCUAGAAUUAAACAUUCAAGCUGUCGUGAUUUGGGGUUGUACGCGCGUGGUGGCCCAGACAUGCAGAGUGCAGGCCAGCACAGCGUGUCAGUGUUCAGUAACAGCAGCAAACCUGUGUCCUGCUUUGUCUGUUCAGAAUCGUCCAACAAAACCAGUCUCGUUUGAUGCUCCUCUUAACUAAGGAGGGAGAAUACCAUUGUACAGUGAAGUGGGUUCAUCUGUGUUCUACUAGUCAGUGUGACUGACCAUUUCUUCCUUGUGGGGCUUUCUCCCUUUUUCUGUAAACCAAAAUCUGGAGGGCUUAAUUGUUCUUUCUUGCCUCUUAAUCCAGGCCUUUGCAGAGAAGCACCAGAUAGGAAGGUUGUGGAAAACUUUGGACUGCUGAUUCAGGGACAUCCUCUUAAGAUUUAGAAGAGUAGAGUUAUACAACACAUAAGGGAUCUGACUAUUCCUGUUUCUCUUCUAAUAUAUGGUCAAGACUGCAGCUUCUGUCUUCCAUUUCAUGAUGUCAGCAUAGAUACUAGGCUGUGUUUUUUCAUUAUUUCCCCUCCAAGUUAGGAUUAGUUCCUUAGGGUUCAAAUAAGUUCUGAAUUUCACAGAGAAGCACCUGAACCAAAACCCUGGAUUCAAACAUCCCAGACUUGAUGUGGAAUUCAAAUCUGGAUCCUGACUCUGUGGCUUACUAACCUACCCAUUCAGGGAAGGGUUUGUUGUCUCUAUGUGGUGUUUGUGUUUUUGGUCCUUUGGAACUAAGCUUUUAAUUUGGUUGCCAGUUCUGCAAGGACUUUUUAACUUCUUAGCAAUGCCGGUGUUCACACGCUCCAUUGCUGGCAGUGCGAUGCGUGGUGAUAAAAUUUGACUCUGUCUAAGGGUUACUGAGAUAAACCAGCAUUACCAUUCGUAAAGGUCAUUUUCUUGCGUAGUGUUCCGAGCUUUGUAUUUGAAUAUAGCUCGCACCUGAAAGGACACAUCUUCCAACUAUGACCUGCAUCACUGGCAGAGAGUUGUGUAAUCUGUACUUGUGGAAUGGGAAGGUACAAGCUUCCAUCGUUGCUGAUGCAUCGUGUAAUCCACCUUUUUCGUUUUUCUUAUCGCUGUUGUUCAGUUAAUACUUUUUUUUCAGUUUUAUAGAAAAAAAAUGGGGAAGUUCAGGAUUUUUUUCUACAAGGUAUAAAACUCCAAUGAAUUAGUGGUGACAAGAGAGCUGUGAAAAAUACCCCAUUAGGAGAUGAUGGGCUAAAUGUAGGUCCAUUUCUCUUAGACAAGUAAGAUAACCUUUAAGAUGCGUGGAACGACAUAAAAAUCGGGAAAACUAAAGCUGACAUUUGUUUCCAAGAAAUUCUGUGAGAACUAUCUAUGGAAAAGACAUCAGUGAUUGAGAAUAAUGUACAAAUUACUGUGUUUGAAACUUGUGUAUCCAUUUCUUUAAUCUCAUACUCUUCAGUGAACGGUACACUUGUGUUCAGUUUUAUGAUCAAAAACAAAGACCAAAGAAGGCCAGCCUCAUUUGAUUGUGUAUAUUCUGCCUGUCUUAAUUAUCAAUAGCUGUAAGGAUACAGUGCAAGUGAUCUGGUAACCAGUGGUUCUCGUCCUUUUCUUUUAGGGGGAAAAACAAUUUUAAAAUGUAUAAUUUAUUGCUCAGCAAUAACCAUGUUGUUAAAAUAAUAAUAAAAAAAGGAAUUAGCAACAUGUCUUAAUUUCCCAAUAGCAUUAUUAUAUGUUGUAUUUCAGUUUACUGUAUAUUGUGUUUUUGUAUUUAUUUGUGUUUGGAGGUCUUGCUAUGUCUUUUUGUGUUUAAAUGCUAAUAAACAAGGACAGUGUGUAAGAGUGUAGAAUGCUGAACUCUGAAAUGCUAAACUGUGUUAUUAAAGGAAAAAUAAAUAAGUAGGAAAUAAUAUUUUUUAAAAAAA